AUGGACAAAUACAUUGACAGUCGUUUUGAGCGACUGGAAAAGGCGUUGUCAAAUCUAAUUGACUCCGUCACGAAAUAUCACCCUUCCACCAUCCAAGCCGAGGAACUGAAAGCCGCAGACAGUGAACUAAGCAAAGGUCUCGAAGAAGUUCAAAUCCAUCAGAACAACUACCUCCGCAUUCAAAAGCUGCGCCAAUCCUCCGCCGCGCUGGACACCCAAAUCCGCGACACUCUCACGAGCCUCGCCAACACGCGCAAGGACAUCGUCACCACGCACACGACUACCUUUCCAUCCGAGCCAAACUACCCCAUCGCAUACGAAGAACUCCUCCGCUACGCGCGACGAAUCAGCAAGACUACCCUCCCUCCAGCCGCGACCAUCGAAGGCGCCGCGACACCGGUAGAAACGCAGUCGCCCAACCCCGAGUCUCAACCACAGUCGGCUCUUACGCCAUCUGCGCGAACGCCUUCGCAGCCGCAGAGUCCCGCGAUCAACGGGACACCGCAGCUGGCUUCGGAGCAGCCAACGCAGCAAACCGCUGUGGCUAUGAAUACGAGUCUGCCAGAGGGGAUGAGCCAGUAUCUCAACCCGCUAUCUGGACAACUCUUCUUCCCCUGGCCGUUGGAGGACAAAAUUCGCUCCGGGUCACUGGCUUCGUAUCAGGUUCUUGUCGAGCAGGGCAUUGAUCCUAAGGGGUACGACCCCGCUACAGAAGAGGAAAGGAAGCGCAAGGAGGAAGAGGAACGCAAGGCGAGGGAGGAGCAGGAGAAGGCUGAGCGUGAGGCACGCGAGAAACAGCUUCGUGAGGAACGAGAGAGAGCUCGUGCUGAGAGAGAGAGGCAGCGCGAGAAGGAGCUCGCGGAAUGGAGGCGGGCGAGUAUUGUUAGCGGGCAUCCUGAUGGGCCGGGACCUUCGAGAGCAGGGACGGGUCUUGGAGAGAAGAAGCAGUUUCAGUUUACAAACUUGGAUGAUCUGGAUGACGAUGACGACGAUGAUUGA